UUAGUGGGUUAGUUAGUUGGGUGGUACAAGGCAGAGCCCACCACCACUGUGCAGCUCAGCAGCACCAUGACUACUAACCUUGUUAAGAACAACAAAACCUGAAAAGCCAACUCUGAAAGCAUCGACAACUGAAAUCAAAACACCUUCUUGACUUCUUUCAAUCUCUCAUCAAAUGGAGUCCACUCCGGAGUUUUACCAGAACGUCGUCGUAAUGAGACACGGCGAUCGCAUCGACAACUUCGACCAUUCCUGGGUCUCCACCGCCGCCCGCCCCUGGGACCCACCGCUCGUUCAACAAGGCCGUCUUCGGGCAUUCAAAACCGGUCAGAUCUUUCGCAACAACCUCUCCUUCCCUCUCCACCGCGUCUUCGUCUCCCCCUUCCUCCGCUGCGUUCAAACCGCCGCCGAAGUUGUCUCUGCCCUCUCCGCCGUCUCCGACUCCCCUGACGCCCUCACUGGCGACGCCCUUCCCAUCGAUCCUUCCAAAAUCAAGGUUUCUGUUGAAUAUGGAUUGUGUGAAAUGAUGAGCAGAGAGGCUAUCAGGCUUGAUGUUGCUCCAAAAGAUGGAAAUUGGGGUUUUGAUAUAUCCGAGCGCCAAGCCAUGCUUCCACCUGGCACAGUUGAUGAAAAUGCAGUAAAAAUCUAUAAAGAGUUGCCCCGGUGGGAAGAGCCUGUUUUGCAAACUAAGGCAAGAUAUCAGCACAUCGUCAAAGACCUCGCGGAUAAACAUCCUACUGAAAACUUGCUGCUUGUCACACAUGGGGAAGGAGUUGGGGUUGCUCUUUCUUCAUUCAAGAAGGGUACAACAGUUUAUGAAGUUGAUUACUGUGGAUAUGUGGAACUUCGACGCCCUAUUUUCAAGAAAGACCAAUCAUUUGUUGCUGGGGAGUUUGAAGUAACUGGCCAAACAGCUGUAAACUUCAUCUCCUCCGAAAUCCUUUGAGCAAUCACAAUCACCAUCACUAUCUCUUGGACUCCAUUUCAUGACUCCACUGUUGUGUUGUCAAAUGCGAAUUAUUAAUUCGAAUUUAGUAGCAGAAUUAAAACACCAUUAGAUUAUGCUGCCCACAAUGUCGUUUGCCUUGAUUGACUACUAGUAAACAUUGGAGAAAAAGAAAUUAGGUGGAAAAGCGAUAGAAACAAGUGGACUCCAUUCUUCCAUUUAUUCAAAACAAGUUGAAAUUUUACAUUAAUCUAAAUCAAGCUAUGGACAAUAUAUUAUGUUUGAUAGAAUUGAAUUUAAUGGUGAUGUAUUAUCGCUUCAUAGAACUUGUUAUUAUUAUUAUUGUUGUUGUUGUUGUUUUA